AUGGCGGCUGCCAGCACAGCGGCACCACAAGAAACCGGAACCGGAUGUGGUUUUUUAAUACAGCUCCAGGACCGCGUUGGAUGCCUGGUUGAUACAGAGAUGAGCGGUGACAACGUGAAGUUGUUUGUGGGGAACCUUCCUUUAGACGCAACACACGACGAGCUGACCAAGCUCUUUGCUCCAUAUGGAGAGAUCAACACCUGCUCUUUGCUCAGACAGUAUGCCUUCGUUACCCUGAAGGGAGACGGGGCAGCAGACAGGGCCAUACGACAUCUUGAUGGCAAAGAGUACAGAGGCAGGCCCCUGGUGGUCGAGGAGUCACGUGCACGCCCACCCAACUCCACUAAAGUGUUUGUGGGGAACCUUGCCGCGACGUGUUCGGCAGAUGACCUGCACGGGCUGUUCUCAACCUUCGGAAGAGUUUUAGACUGUGAUAAAGUCAAAGCCAGAUUAUGCUCAAAUGUUGGCUAUGCGUUUGUGCAUAUGGAGAGGAAGGAGGAGGCCCUGGUAGCUAUUGAAGGACUCAACGGGACCAUGUACAAGGGCCGUCAGUUGGCCGUAGAGCUGUCCAAAGCCCAACCUUUGAUCAACCAGCUUGCAAUGUCCGGAAAUUCAAACCAAGGCGGUGGUGUAGGAGGUGGCAGGGAGGGUCUUCUUCCACGACCACCUCCAUCAUUAGAGCACCAUCAGAGUCAAGCAGCCGUGCUAGCAGCAGCUGCAGCAGCCGCGGCUGGGCUACCCAUACAAGUUCAACAAAGUGUCCAUAACUCAUUCUACAACACCACAUCCUUUGACCCCACCUACGCUGCUUUGAAGGGUAUUACAAGCGCUAAAGGUGCAGAUGGGGUGAUAUACGGUGCUCUCGCCAGCCAGGUGUAUGGAUCCGUUGCUGACCAGGUGUACCAAGACAUGGCCAAUCACAAUUCUGCGGUGGUCGCCGCCGUUGAAGAAGUAGAGCCAUCGGGUGGCCCAGAUCCAACGACGCUUUUCGAGGCAGCAAGAGCCAAGUUCUUUCAGGAGGGACAGAAGGUUCUGGCAGAGCAGCAGGCAGGGAGGAAAGCAGCGUCUGCAGACAGCGAGCGCGACCGCAGCCCAAUCAGAGGAAACCGAGCACCCCUCCUCCCCGACCCCGUUCCGGGUUCCUUCGCUCAGAUACGACCUAAGCGGCGUGCCCUACUGCCAACGCCACCCGGAGCACCUGAGGAGCCCCCAGCUGCCGCCACCACCACUCCUGAAGGGUCAGAUCCCGUUGCUAGGUCUUACACAGAGUACUACCAGCAAAUGCAUCAAUACCAACAGUAUCAACAGUACCAGCAACAGUACCAGUACCUCCAGUAUGCCUACACCAAUCCUCCUCCCCCUCCGCCGCCGCCUCCAGCGGCCACCACACAGGCCCAGGCCAACACUCCUGCACCCCCCGGGACGUACUCGGCGCCCCCAACGUAUGCGGCACCGGCAGGCUACCCACCGCCAGGAACAUAUGACGCUUCGGGUGGUUACAACGCCUCAUCGGGGAGCUACAAUGCUUCAUCCGGGAACUACGAUGCCUCGUCAGGGAGCUAUGACGCAUCUGGAGGCUAUGGGGCACCGGGAGCAUAUGAUUCAUCCGGAGCUUACGCUGCAGCGGGAAGCUACUCCACAUCCACACCGUAUGAGCAGACACCCGCACACGGGCAACCCAUGCCCCAGCGCCAUGAUUACCCUUACAACACGCCAGAACCCCCUUAUCGAUAGUCCCACCCCCACACACUCCUUCCACACUGCAGAUGUGUGUGUGUGUGCGUGUGUGCGUGUGUGUGCAUGUGUAUUUACAUAAGGGACAGUUUAAAGAGGACAACCAGAGAGGGAGCAGGGUCGUUAUUCGAAUGUAAUUUAAAAUCUGAAGCAUCUCCCCUUUUCUCCAUCUUUACAUGGACUCUAACUUGUCAGUUGAUGGCUGUGUGGCCAAGUAGGACAGCUAAUAUUGUAAUAUCGUCAAGCAUUCACAGUUUCUGUUAGAUGUUAUGAGGCACAGCCGGUUCCUCGUUGGAUGUUUAAGAAGCUUAAACGUUUCUCGGGACAAAGUUGGACUCGGAGGUCAGGAUAGGAAAAGCUUUUUGUUUGUACUGAAUCGAGGCCUUUUAUAUACUCUACAUAAACACGUGCACCAAAUAGGGGUUUCCUGGAUAAAACUGUGUUAGAAUAUAUCAUCAAAUAUAUAUUUGAUUAUAACAAUCAAAAGUCAUGCAUCAUCGUAUGUUUCAAGUAGGGUACAAAAUGAAAACACACAUUAUUAAAUAGCUAUAAAAACAGUUGUAUUCCAUGUAGAUUGCCUCAUUUAUGUUAUGGUUCCCUUAUAGCAUUGGGUUUGAAUCUGAAAUAUUGCCAAAUAGGCGCUUUUGUGUUUCGCUUCGACACCAAAUCCUCCGCCAUCGUCUUGUCUGUCAACUCUCUCGUCCCGUGUGUGAAAUCGGACUCCUGCCGUACAGAGCAGACUCUUUACUUUCAGUUUGUAGCAUCGGUUCUCUGACUAUGUAUUGAUAACACAGCGCUGAUACGCGAAAAUGAACUAAAUGGGUUUUAUUUCUAUAAAAAAGGAAGACAACGGUGGGGGCAGUAAUGUAAUCGGUGUGUGCCUGAACCCCGUGUAACACUGACUACCAUUUUUCAGAGAUCCAUAUGUCUCCAUAAUAACUAUUAUAGAAUAUGCAUCCAGGUGUAAGAUCACCCUGUGUGGAGUAUGUAAGAGGCCUCGGUUUGAAUUCAGCCACAUUGACCCUUUUCUAACAGCCAGUCUGUUUGGUUGGUAAUACAUGUCGACUAGAACAGAAAGCAGAAGUGAAGUGAAAUGGAGCGGUGAAUCAGCCUUUACUGAAGAACCUUCUUUUGUUGUAAAGAUGGAGAAUGUUUGUUAAUUGACCGGCUUGUCUCGUGUUUCAGGCUGGUUUCACUGAGCUGACAGGUUUAGUGCUUAUCAAGCAAUUCCCACUCAAAGUGAUGACAUAUAACUGUAUAACUCUUCUCUAUUUUGGGUCAUGGAAAUCUCCGAUAUGACAAAAGAAAUUAUCACAAAUUGGCUUCUUGAAAUUGAAGGUUAGGUUACUUAGAAUCUGUUGCAAUCCAAUUAACACUGGCUGAUUUUGUGAUUGCAUUCUGACUGCUGGCAUUAAAAGUCUACUUGAGGCUACCUGUUGUGUCCGCAGAGUAAAUGUGUAGUCCACACAGGCCUUCUUCCUGUUUAAUCGGGGGAGUUUGCUUAACAUAAGAUGGAUAUUACCAGUCUGAGUGUGUGCUUGAAGUUUCAUAGUCACGAGGGAUAGAAAGUGUGAACAUGACUUUGAUAACAGGAUAAAAAAUACAACAUUUUCAGCGAUUUAAAUUGAAGUACUCAGAUGUUCUCUUGGAGCGGUUUUCCAUAAUCUACAUUUCUUGUGUUUUCUUGCUUUAGCCCAGGCUCUCUGUGCUUCUCGAUGUCUACACAAACUCAGGAGUUAAAUCUAUCCUGUCAAGAAUUUUGGGUCAAAUCAGCGUUUGCCUGUAAAACAUUAGAACAGAAUCGUUUAUUCGUUUUGUAGUCAUUCGCGUUUCUUUCUUUCUGAUUCAGUUUUGUGUUGAGUUUGCGAUCAGAGCCUCCUGCGUGAAAAGAAAGUUGAAUGCAUCCACGUGUUACUCUUAAGUUUUGGUAAUUCUCAGUUGAACCCAGGUUUUUGAUAUUUUUUCAGACUGAAGAAGAGAAGUUGUGUUUUUGGUUUGUAAAUAUUUGAAUUUAUAAAAGAAAUGGCAGCAAGCUUUGUUUGGUCAAUGAUGGUAAAAGAAUCUGAGCAUUACUGAUACUUAAAUUCCCAAUUGGUUUUUGACAUCUUCUGUUAUCCGCGUUUCUCAUCAGCUAAUGUUGUGCUUCUGCUCACAUUGGAAUGAUAUUAGAGGCGAAGUUGAACUCGUUUUCAGACCAGGAAAUGUACAAUUUGAUACUCGUGUAAAUACUUAAAACCUUACUUUUAAGCUGAAAAACGAAUGCCAACCAACAUUUGGUUGAUCGGUAGGAAUAUUGACUGUUAAAAAGAUGAAAUGAUUGUAUUUCUUCCUAAACAGUAGGAGAUGGUGAAUAGACGAGAUGAAGGAGGACAGUUGUGUAUCGGUCUGUUAAAAAAGAGGCAACCCAAUUUGUGUGGCAAACCCUCAAGCAAGACGGUAAUCCGAUUACGGUCGUGCUUGUAGCGUGUAGCGUUGAACCAUUGUGGCAUGUGAGUGUAUGAUCAAAACGUACUAUGAAAUCAGACAUUGCAUACGAUUUGAAGCGCAGUCUAAAAAAAAAUGGGAGAAAACAGUGAUUCACCAUUUGAGCUGAGAGCAGGUACAAGUUUUUUUUCUAAAUGCAGUGCAGUGGCGUGUUGCUGAUGUGCAUAGCGUAGGGUUAUUGACUGAGUGGAUAUGAGGUGACAGUCUUGGUGCUGCAGGUGAAUAUGAAGGUUGUUUUUAGUAAAAGGCCGCUGAUUUUCCCCGAGCAGCAGUGAGAGAAGGGCCGAUGACCUUUCCUUUUCCCUCUUCUGAUCUCACCAGAAUCACACACUUUAUUUUGACACUACUGGCUUUUCUCUGCAUCCCCCACCACACCUAGACAGCUCCACACUUCUAUCUAGAUGUCUUUUAACUGGGUUCAUUGCAUUUUUACUCAUGUAAAAGCAGAGCUACACGUGCAAAUGCUACUAAUGCACACCUGAUUCCACUUGUAAUUUUACUUACAGUAGUUGUUCCGUUCGUGAUUGUACCACACACUCAUCUUAUUUCUUACUCGCCCACCUGAGUUGGUAGUGCUGUUGUUAGGUUUUAAGUGACACAUAGCCUCUCUAAAUUGCCACAUUAUAUUCCACCAUCUCCAUGUGAACUGUUAGUUGCAUGCCUUGUUGUUGCUGCUGCUCCAGCCACCUUCUUCCUCUUGCUGAUUAUUGCAGCUAGAGUGGGAGGGAGCCAAACUGAGCCCUUGCCCUGGACGUACGCCACACGCAGCUGUAGCGUGGGAUGGGGAAAUCAGCAGCGUUAGGCCUGAAACUGCUGUGGACGAUGGGGUGUCCCCCCACUAAGGUAAACACUCAAGACCACACACUCCUGCCCCUCCCUGAAAACACACGUACACAUUCACAAACACACUCAUACACGCACACAGAUACCGAUAUCCAUACUUCAUAUUCCGUACCCCGUCUUCAGGGAGUUUUAUUCGUCAGGAUUUCAGAUUUUUGGAAAUGGAUCUCCCGUCCUUUUUUAAAUGGGAGAUUAUCUUUUUCCUGCUUUUGAUUUUCCUGAUCAUAUCCCUGCAUACUCUGCUCAUACAUUCCUGCUCCCACAACAUACUGACCGCUCUCACACACACCCAGAUUUGGAGGACACGUAUACUGUCUUUUUAGUCUAAAUCUGAAACCCUUUCUGUUGUUGUUAGUACAUCCCGUAUCUAACAGCCUGUCGUUCAAGAGUACCAGGCGAUCACAGCCAGAGCUGGACGUGGGGACAUUUAGUACGGAGGGGUUGUUUUAGUUUUUGUAAAUGCACCCCUGGGGCCACUUCGGGGUUAAGUGCCUUUGCGUAAGAGCACAUUGGUAGGCCCUUCAUUUCAGAGUUGAAUAACCCGGCUCAGGAUCGGUUGCUGGUUCAACGCUCGACUCCUCCCCCUCUCCCCUAAAACAACGAUUUUUGAUGCCACAUUCAACUUGUAUGAAUGACAAUGAACACAAAUAUUAUCAUUUUGUUUUAAAUUACAUUUUUGUCCUAUGUUCUUUGAAAUGUUUAAUUAUCAAUAAAUGAAUUUGAACUGAA